GUUGGAGGAAGGCAUAGAGGAUAAUGUUGUUGGACUUCAGAAAAAUGUGAAGGUUUCAUUUGACUUGAGCAACAUUCAGAUCAAAUAUGUUGAUGAGGAUAAUGAUGAGGUCUCUGUGAAUAGCAAAGCGGAAUAUGAAGAAGCUCUGAAGAUUGCAGUUAAACAAGGAAAUCAACUCCAGAUGAAUGUGUACGAAGGAAACUCUUCUGCAGAAGGAACUUCAUAUUCUUGUCCUCUGCAACUGUGUGAAAAAGUGGUGUCAGAGAAGUUGGCCGUUCUUAAAGACGGGAAGAAACCUCUCUCGCACUAUUCCAUGAUAGCUCCAGGGUUAGAGGAAGAUGUGAAAAAUGAAGAGGAGAUGACAAAUCAGGAAAAGUUAAAUCGCAAUAGAAAAGGAAGAAAAAAUGAAAAUCCUCCAGAAUGGUUUACUAGCUACUUGGAAACAUUCAGGGAACAAGUAGUUAAGGAAACUGUUGAGAAGCUUGAACAGAAGCUGUAUGAGAAGCUUGUUCACCACAAUCAGCCUCCAGAUUUUUCUGAGAGCUCCAUUACAGCAGCACUUCCAACUUUAGAGACAAAGUCAGGGAAUGGCAGCCAGUGUGACUGGCUGAUCUCCUGCUGCAACUGUCAGGCCCGAAUCGUUGGAGUCCGCUAUCAGUGCAGCCUUUGUCCAGCCUACAAUAUCUGUGAACGGUGUGAAGCAGGAACUUAUGCACAUGAUCCCAAUCAUGUCUUGUUAAAGCUGCGAAGACCUAUACUAUGUGUUGCUGAGAAUUACAGCCUUGCACAGUUUUCACCUCAGCUCCCUGCUACUCUGGAGCAAGUUAGGCUCCAGAAACAGAUGGACAAAAGAUUUCUGAAAGCAGAAAAGCAAAGAUUACGAGCCGAGAAGAAACAACGAAAGGCAGAGGUCCGAGAGCUCAAAAAGCAGCUCAAAUUGCACAGGAAAAUUCAUCUGUGGAACUCUGUCCAUGUCUUGGAAACUAGUGGUUCACCUACUCUGAAGUCUGAGAGUCUCCAACCCACUACCUUCGUGAAUCCUAGCCAACCAUUCCAAGCAAUUGUCCCAACAUUGAGUGCAGUAUUUGUGGAUGAGAAUUUGCCAGAUGGGACUCACUUGCAGCCAGGAACAAAGUUUAUCAAACACUGGCGAAUGAAAAAUACUGGCAAUGUGGAAUGGAGCUCAGAUACAAAGCUGAAACUAAUGUGGGGAAACUUGACCUUGGCAUCUUCUGAAAAAAAGGAUGUGUUGGUACCAUCCCUUCCAUCAGGACAAGUCGGAACUGUUUCAGUUGAGUUUGUGGCUCCUAACAUAGAAGGAACCUACACAUCUCACUGGAGACUGUCACACAGAGGAGAACAGUUUGGGCCCAGGAUCUGGUGCAGUAUUAUUGUGGAUCCCUCCUCAGCUACUGACUCUCUAGAGAGCAAUUGGAAGGAUUCUGACUCCCAUCAAAAGGAUAAAGCUUCCAAUAACAAGCAGGAUGCUUCCCUGAGGACAGAGGCAGAUGACCAACUGAUGGGCAAAGUCAUAGAGCAGGCUGAAACACCUCUACCAACUAUUCCUAUAAAGAUCAGAAAUCUGCCAAGUGAGAGAGAAUUUUAUAUCCCAUCAGUUGAUCUCCUCACUGCACAGGAUUUGCUGUCCUUUGAGCUAUUGGACAUUAAUAUUGUACAGGAAUUGGAACGAGUGCCACACAAUACUCCAGUUGACAUGACUCCAUGCAUGUCCCCUUUGCCACAUGAUAGCCCAUUGCUGGAGAAACCUGGCUUAGGUCAGAUAGAGGAGGAGAACGAGGGGAGUGGAUUUAAACCACUGCCUGGAGUGACUGAAGCCUGCUUUACUGCUGAUGCUUGUAUGGUGAAAAUGAGAGCCGAGCAUUCAUUGAACCCAGAAGAAGCGGAAGAAGAUAUGAGUGGGACUCAGUUUGUCUGUGAAACUGUCAUUCGCUCUCUAACCCUGGAUGCUGCACCUGACCAUAAGCCUCCACAAAGGAAAUUUGUGCAGAACUCUUUGCAGACAUUGGAAGACACCUUCAGUUGUAAUGCACUAAGUGAAGAAUCUCCUAGAAUAAAAACUAACUACACUUCCGAAAAGGAAGCAAACAUCCACCACUCAGACACAAUGAGAGAAAAUGAACGUGAGGAAUUCCCAUUGUCUGAUGGGAAAGCAGCCUGUAGUGAGACUGGCAAUUCUGAUGAUGAAGAUGAUGAUGCUACAGAUGUUCAAAGUCAAGGCUCUUCUGCUUCAUCAGAGGAUUAUAUCAUUAUUCUCCCUGAGUGUUUUGAUACCAGCCGUCCUUUAGGGGAGUCCAUGUAUAGUUCUGCUCUUUCUCAGCCCAGUUUGGAAAAAGCAGGAGAACCUGAAACACAAGCAGGGAAUCCAGAAGGAGGAAGCCAGCCACAGAUCCACAGCAUCAGUGAUAUUUUGACAGCUUCACAAACGCUGGCUGUAGUACCUUUGACCCCGGAGAUCUUGGACACUGUACCGCAGACACACAAGGAUCUUGCUUCUCUUCAGAAGCAUAUUUUCCAAGAACCAAACAUACCAGCUUCAGAAGAUGAUUCUUCCCCUCCUCUUGACCAAAUAAGAGAAGAAGCCAGAGGUGAAGACAGUCAUGGGCCAGGAUCUUCUGGAUUUGUAACUAGUAAACCAAAGUGCUCAGAAUACCCAAGACACCCCCAAGGAAGCAGUAUUGCAGGAGGGCUAGUUAAAGGAGCUUUGUCAGUUGCUGCCUCUGCCUACAAAGCACUGUUUGCUGGGCCACCCAUUAUAGAACAGCAGCCUGCAGUUACAGAAGAGCACACUGCCACUCUUCUAUCCAGUCUGUCUGAGAUGGGAUUCUGUGACAGGCAGUUAAACCUACAACUGCUGAAGAAAUACAACAACAAUAUGGUUCAAGUGGUAACUGAAUUGCUUCAGAUCAAUAACAGUGACUGGUAUGGCAGUAGAUGCUGAACUUUCCUGGUGGAGGGAGGAAUUGCUUUCAUUGAGCAGACUCAUUAAACACUGCAGCAGUA